AUGAUCUGCAAGCUUGUGGUUGUGGUUGGGGUGUACGUCCUUCUUCAGGGUGCUGAAGGCACAAGCCGAGGGGGGAGGACGGUGACUUUCCACCGGACUCAGCAGGAUGACAGCCAGGGCCAAGCGCGCCCUAGGAGGGACAGCAGCCCCCCCAAGCCCAUUCACAGUCCUACCUUCACCUCCUGCCGGACCCCCCUAACACCAGCCGAGCACAAGGUCCUGGAUGACAAUACACAUGAGACAGGGUUUAACGGUGAUGAUGGCUCCCAUGUGAUCCUCACAUGGGUGGGUGAUGGCACUGGAGUCAUCCUGGUGCUGUCAACAUUUAGUGCUCCGAUAGAUUCUUUCAUAGAAGGAGGCUCCUCAAGACUUUAUAGAAGCACGGAUUACGGGAAAUCCUUCCAUGACAUUUCCCAUCGGAUCAACAACACCUUCAUAAGGGAGGAGUUUGGAGUCAGUGUUGGACCAGGGAGCUCUGUGAUAUUGAUAGCGGACAUACCGUUGGACAACAGAGGCGGGAUCAUCUUCACCUCCACGGAUGCCGGUGCGACCUUCAAGUUCAUCCAACUGCCGUUCCACCUGGCUCAGCCAAUCACGUACCACUUCCUUAACCCUGAUUACCUUGUGGCCCUCAGCAUUGAUGACGGUCUGUGGCUCUCUCUGGACUUUGGCGCCAAGUGGACAAAAGUUCAUGAUGAGGUAUUUUCUUUCUCAUGGGGUGCUGGCGUUAAUUUGUUCUUCAGCUGCAGCCGAACAGACACAUUUAAGGCAGAUGAGAGGGGGGAUUUAGUGCUGAAGAGGACAAAAGAUCUGGGGAACACCUUCACCACAAUCCACGAGGACAUCUACAGUUUUGGCUACAUAGGAGCCUUUCUCUUCUUCUCUGUGAUAAGUAGUUCGAGAUCCCCUCGUGUCAUGUAUUUCUCAUCAGACCAAGGAGACACCUUCAGUCGAGCGCUGCUCCCUUCUGCCUCCACUGAGCAGUUCUACUCCAUCUUGGAUGGAGAUGAAGAUAUGCUCUUCAUGCAUGUGGACAACCCAGGAGACACUUUCUUUGGGACCAUGUACACGUCAGAUGACCGUGGCAUCCUUUUCUCCAAAUCACUAGAGCGCCAUCUCUUUGAUGGGCAGCGGAAGAGCGACUUCACCAACAUAACUUCACUGAGAGGAGUCUACCUCACGAACAAACUAGACGAAGAUGGCUGUAUACGAUCUGUCAUUUCCUUUAACAGAGGAGGGAUGUGGAGGCAACUUAACAAACCUGAGAAUCUGGAAUGUGGAGAACACGUCAAGAAUUGCAACCUUCACAUUCAUGGAGAACACAGUCGCAACAACCGCAUCGUUCCCAUGCUGGCUCUGUCUGAGCCAACUGCUAUUGGUCUGGUUAUCGCCCAUGGUACUGUAGGUGACUGUCUGUCAUCGUCACAGCACCCAGAUGUGUUUGUCUCCUCAGACGGGGGUUAUAGCUGGAGGGGGACACUGAGGGGUACUCACCACUACAGCAUAUUGGACUCUGGGGGUCUCAUUGUGGCUGUGGAGGCCCAGCAUGAAGGACAAGUGAAGACUAUCAAGUUCUCCACAGACGAGGGCCAGUGCUGGAAAUCCUACAACUUUACCGAGCAGCCUUUCUUCUUUGCAGGCCUGGCAUCCGAGCCGGGGACCAAGGCCAUGAGUGUCAGUGUGUGGGGCUUCCGGCCUGAGGAAGACGGUCAGCCCAUGUGGGUGGCCGUCACCAUUGAUUUCCAGAGCCUCAUUACAAGAGAGUGUAAUGACCAGGACUAUGAAGAGUGGUUGGCUCACUCUACAAAUGGAGGAGACCUGGAGAGAAAUGGCUGCAUCUUGGGUGUCAAAGAGACUUAUAGGAGGCUAAAGAAACAAUCCAUGUGCAGAAAUGGGAGAGGCUAUGUGGUGAGCAAGAAGCAAAGCCCCUGCCUGUGCACCAGAGAAGAUUACUUAUGCGACUAUGGUUACUAUCGUCACGUAAACACCUCAGAGUGUGUGAGACAAUCCAGCACUGAAAAUAUAAGCUUGGAGCGCUGUCUGAAUGGAGAGGAGGAUGAGCUUCUGACAGCGGGGUACCGUAAGGUCCCGAGUGAUCGUUGUGAGAGGGGCUUCACUCCUCAGCUCGCAGUGCAGACAGUCAUCAGACCCUGUGGUGUUACACCCAACCCUAGUCCACCUGCCAGGCCAUCGUCUACAGUCACGCACUUUGACACACCGCAAGAGAGGCUGGUGUUGAUCCUGGUGUGUGCAGGAGCUGGAGUCAUUGUCCUGGUAGCUAUCGUUUCCGCCGUCUAUGCUGUCAGGAGGAUGGUUUACAGAAACAGGACACCAGAGUACCGUUUCUCCAAUCUCCGGCUUCAGGAUGAUGAUAACAACAUCACAGCAGAUCUUGAAAGCACCACCAGUAGCAAUGGCAUUGCCUCUCAGCCGGACUCAGAUGAUGAUCUUAUUGAUUGACACAACACAUUUGAAUGGAUGUAAUAAAUUUUCACUUUUGAAAGUAGCUGUGGUGAAAAAGACUGCCAACGGCAUUUUGUUGGACCCUUCAUGGCAAGUUCUGACUAUUUGAAUGACAAGCAUGAUGAUGCCUUGAGCUUUACUUUGCUUACUGUUUGAUUUGUACAGUAUUUUUGUAUUUUAAUUUGACUCUGUGUUGCAACAUCUUUGUAUUUUCUGAUCAAUGUGAAAACAAACAAGACAAUCCUGAAAAUGUGCAUUUGUAAAAAAAACAUAACAAAAUACAGCAUAUUGUUAUGUGUUCUUUCUGUUGUGUAUGUUACAGUUUUAAAUAGCUAUGCCAUGAUCAGAACAAUACGCAAUAAACCUUUCAAAGAUC